AUGCCGAUUGUACAAUUUGCCCCGUUCUCAUCCCUCGUUCAGCCCACUCUAUGGCACGAGCUGACACGGUUGAAGCUUGAAGUACUACGCUUGUCCGAGGACUCUGUCCCGCUCACCGCGACGUAUUCGACUGGACGAACUAUAAAGGAUAGAAAUACCGGCCAAGAGGUCGCGCUUGGCUGCAACCUCAACGUCGGAGGGGAAGGGUUUGAAAAAGACCAUAGUUUGCCGUCCUUCUCCGUCGCCGCGCGAGGCGUGUUGAAGAAUUACAACACGAUCGAAGACUUCAAGAAGGCAGAUAAGCACGCGCUAUUCAACCAAACCGCAGACGAGAUUUGGGAGAGCAUCACCACCAAACGCGAUACUUCUGCCCUCACCCGUUUCCUCGUGAUCACUUUCGCAGACCUCAAGAAAUACAAAUAUUACUACUGGUUUGCGUUCCCGGCAUUGGUUGCUAAGCCUUCCUGGGAGAUCGCGAAUGACUGGACAGGCGCUCAGGAAGCAUUCUCGGCAGACCAGGUGAGCUUAUCGUCGAUUCACGAUAGAAUAGUCGCAUCUCCGUCAGCCUUUUUCCUCGUCCGUCCAUCUUCGGAGGGCACCGGCGUAGACAUCGCACCCGUGGAAGAAUAUACCUCUUUCUUCGCGAAUGUCUCGUCUGAAUCUCAAACGGUCGCGUUCAUCGAUCCAUCUCCUCAUCUGUCCAACCCAGGCUGGCCCCUCCGCAACCUCCUCGCCUGUCUCCGCGUCUGGUAUCCCGACUCGACAGGCACCGUCCGCGUGCUCUGCUGGCGCGACUCUGAGAAGCCCCACGAAGGUGCGCAGUGGCGCAGUCGCUUCGGUGUUUUGAGCGCGGCGGCGCAAGGGCAGGGAAAGCCGAGCGCGGUUGGGUGGGAGAAGAAUGCACAGGGCAAGCUUGGCGCGCGGGUCGCAGAUUUGGCGCCGAUGAUGGAUCCGACGAGACUCGCUGAUCAAGCUGUCGAUCUGAACCUGAAGCUCAUGCGGUGGCGUAUCUUGCCCUCUCUGGAUCUGGAGAAGGUCGCCGCGACGCGCUGUUUGCUCCUCGGUGCAGGCACCCUCGGGUGCUACGUUGCGCGCACGCUCAUGGGUUGGGGCAUUCGCACGAUCACACUCGUUGAUUCCGCGCGCGUGUCCUUUUCAAACCCGGUCCGCCAGCCCUUGUUCGAAUUUGAGGAUUGUUUGAACGGCGGAAAGCCUAAGGCACAAUGCGCCGCGGACCGUUUGAAGAAGAUUUUCCCUGGUGUAAAUGCAACUGGACACUCCCUCUCCAUUCCUAUGCCGGGUCACCCGAUCCCUCCUGGCUCCACCGAACAGGCCAAAGCAGAUGUCGCAGCGCUGGAGAAACUCGUGGAUGAGCACGACGCCGUCUUCUUGCUGAUGGACUCGCGGGAGAGUCGUUGGCUCCCAACCGUGCUUGGUGCGGCGAAGGGCAAGAUCGUAAUGAAUGCUGCGCUUGGAUUCGACACCUUCCUCGUGAUGCGUCAUGGGGCGCGCAAGGCUCCAACCGAUGGACAUCGGCUGGGAUGCUAUUACUGCAACGAUAUCGUAGCACCCGCAGAUUCGCUGACCGAUCGCACGCUUGAUCAAAUGUGUACGGUCACGCGUCCUGGCCUCGCUUCCAUCGCAGCAUCUACCGCAGUCGAGUUGCUCGUGUCCCUCCUGCAGCACCCACUUGGGAUUGACGCGCCUCCCCCUCCUAUCGGCGACAAAGGUGUCUCGGAUGAGGCUGCAACAGGUGUGCUCGGGCUCGUCCCGCACCAGCUGCGAGGCUUCCUUGCACAGUUCAGGAAUAUGCCGAUCGUGGGCGCUGCGUACUCCCGGUGUACGGGAUGCAGCGAGACCGUCAUCAAUGCGUAUGAGACGCAAGGCUUUGAUAUGCUGCUCAAGGCGUUCAACGAGCCCGGAUACCUUGAGGCGCUGACGGGGCUCGAUCAGCUACACGCAGAAGGCGAGGCGGCGCUAGAGGCUGUCGAUUGGGAAGAAGAUGCUGAGGACGACUUUUAAUGACACGAUGUGAUCAUGAAAGGGUUGGGAAGAUGUGAAUGUGUUCAUCGAGCUCUGGAAUUUGGAUACCCCCGUUAAGUGUUGUAAUAUACUUACUGUAGUGCGUGUCUUGUGUACUGAGGAAUGUAACUUGUUGAUCUGCUG